CUGACUUGUACCUUGUAACUUGUCCAGCCCAAUGCAUGGGAUGGCCUGCAAGCAACAAAAGCUUGACCGAGGCCGAUACCCCACCUGAGUGGCGAUUUCGCAUUGCUGGAACAUGAAAUCGAGCUCAGACUGCCUUGCUGGGUAGCCAGAUGUCCUGAUCUGGAGAGGUACAUGACUUGGUGCAUGGGGGCGUACAACCCGGGCGUAGGUAGAGAGGGGGCCAGGAGUUGUACCAAGAACGAGCGGCCCAUAGGAGGCGAAGGGGGUGGAGUUGGAGAGCUCCUCAAGGGCCAUUCUUCAUGCAUGCAAGCUUAGGGAGUAGCCCUUCCAAGAUGGCACGGGAUAGGAGAGAGGACCUUAGUUACGGUGGGCAGGGAGGAGGGGAAGAUGGGGGAGACGGGACAAGGCCAGAGAAAGCGUGUGGCAAAUUGCGAAGAUGGAGGACAAGAAGAGGGGCAGGGGGAUCGGGUCGAGCCCGUCUGAGUCAACGACAGAUAUUACAACACGCACGCCCAAAGAGAGACGAUUCGAGGCCUAGGGGCGCAAGUUCCCCGACUGCCAGUGCCCGACGGUUUCACGGCUUUGUUCUCCGUCUGACUAACUCCAUGGACCACAACUGACAGACUCCCUGGGCCUCUCAGCAAUAACGAGGCUUGUGCAAACAGACAGGCAGCCGGGCUGGCCGCUGCUGGGUGGGAGAAGACAUCAAGAACGGGUUGACCAAUGCAUGGAUUGAUCGGUGUUUCGUAACUCAUCACUGUCUGAUUAUUUCUUGCCGCCUGGGUCUGGGUAUCUGCUGCAAGAAUCAAAAAUAGCAAAACAUGCACGGCCUUGAUUGUUGGUCCCUCUCGUCCGUGCUGGAGGACUCGAGAGUGUAAAUGAUGUGGAGAUCAAUCGAUACGAUCAUCGUAUUCCAUCUUUACAUCUCAAAUAUGCUCUGAUCCCCGUUCUCACCUCCUUCGCUGUGCAAGCCUUCUCAGAUAGCAUGGCCUUGUGUCAUAGCGGGAUGAUGCGCCAAAUCCGGCCGGUUGACUUCAGGGCUCAUAGCAUAUCGCUCACUCUUGGGACUUUGGCUGUACUUGGAACUGGCUGCACCGGGACUCUGGGCGGCGCGAGUCAGGGGCUGGUUCUGUGGGAAGGGACUGGAAAUGGCCAGAUGCAUCUUGGGUGUCUCGGCCAUGUUGGCGCGCUCCGUAUUCUUGCGAGAAUAGUAUGAGGGCAGGGAAUCUCGUUUGCCCAGGAAGAACGACCGAUAGUGACUUUUCCGACUCGGCGGUUUCGGAGUCGACGCUUCCACGUCUGCUUUGUGUGAUGCGACCGCCCCAUGCGACCGCACCUGUCGAGCCGUGAGAUGCGCCUUGGUAUCUCUGAAAACAUAGCUCUGCAUCAACAUGCGUUAGGAUCAUCGACUUCUGUGAUUCCUUGAAGCCAGUCCACUUACUGCAAAGAGAUUGAUAAAGCCCAUCACAAACACAAUGAUCCCCGCGGCAAUCACAAGCCGCCAGAAUGGCAGACCCAGGCUUUCUUGACUGGUGGCGUGUUUGUUGAGGUUCCCAAGAAGACUGUUCCCAAGGAAGAUCAUGGCAAGGCCGAGCAUGACAAAACUCGAGCGGGUGCUGAAAAGAGGCCAAUUCUUGGAGAAGUAGGACUUGAAGAGAGAGAGCUCGGUGAGGAUGAGGAAUCCUGGAAUCUCUUAGCACCACAUCCCAUCCGCCCCUUCACAAUGCGGGCACAUACCACUCAUGACGACCCGAAGAACGUGCUCGCAGGCGUCGAAAAAGAAAAAUUUUGACACUAUGAAGGUCUUGACCAGCAUGACCGAACUCGCCGCUAUGACGGCCAAAAGGGCAAUUAUGUUCAUAACUCGGAUGAUGUUGAGCACGACGUAACCGGCGCCGGCCAGGGUUUUGCCAAAGAAGCGCAUGUUGCGGAUUGGAUCUUGAUUAAGUCGGUUGAAAUCCUUGGUGUAGAUUUUGGGGGAAAAUGAUGAUUAUUGCCAGGACUGGGUAUCACGAAAGGGUUCAGGACUUGGAUUGGAAAGAAUAUUUGUAGGCGCAAUUAACUGGCUCGAACGCUGGGAUGAAUAGAACAAUAGGAUGACAGCAGGCUAUUGAGUAGCCGGAGCAUCAAUAGAAGUGAAUGUACA